AGCGGCCGCCGCUGCAGGGCGCCGCCGCUGUCCCCGCUGGCGCCGGCCACGCUGAGCUGCGCUGCGCCAUGAAGGCCAUCGUGCAGCGGGUUGCCCAGGCCAGCGUGACAGUGGGUGGUGAACAGAUUAGUUCAAUAGGACGAGGCCUGUGUGUGCUGCUGGGCAUUUCUUUGGAAGAUACACAAAGAGAGCUGGAGCACAUGGUUCGAAAGAUCUUGAACUUGCGAGUCUUCGAAGAUGAAAGUGGGAAGCACUGGUCCAAAAGUGUGAUGGAUAAACAGUAUGAAGUGUUGUGUGUGAGCCAAUUUACUCUCCAGUGCAUCCUGAAGGGAAACAAGCCUGACUAUCACAUGGCAAUGCCCACGGAGCAGGCAGAGUCUUUUUAUAACAACUUCCUAGAGCAGCUAAGAAAAGCCUACAAACCAGAGCUUGUUAAAGAUGGCAAGUUUGGUGCUUACAUGCAGGUCCACAUCCAGAAUGAUGGUCCUGUAACAAUAGAACUGGAGUCCCCAGCAGCCACUGUUGAUCCUAAACAGCUUACAAAACUUGAAAAACAGCAACAAAGAAAAGAGAAGACCAGAACCAAGGUGCCCUCUGAGUCAAGUAGAGAAAGAAAUGCCCCCCGAAACAAGGAUGACCCCAGUGCCAGCAGCGGAGCAGAAGGAGAUGUGUCCUCGGAAAGAGAGCCUUAGCUCAUCCAAGUUUCUUACACAAAAGCUACACUGAAUUCUUGAAGAAAGACCCAACAUUCACCUCAGCAACACUCCUCAACGACUUGGGAAAAGGAUGGAAAAUGGGAAAGCAGAGCUGAGACAUUAGAAACCUAUCAUUCUGUAUUGAGCCAACCAAAGCAAUGCUAUCAGAUUCAGUUGUAAAUGUGUAGUGUCAGUAGUGAAAAGGACUUGUGACAUUUCUGUGUAUGCAUUCUCACACGACUGCUGACUAAAGGGUGACUGUAGGCAGAUUGUAGCAGAACAUUUCACUCUCAGUACAUAAGCUCCAUUUAAAGAAUAAAUCAGGGUUUUUCCUUAAACUUACACUUGAAUUCUGAAAAUUCUCUGAGCAGGCUUGUGUUUUGAUUGUCACUCUGUGGUGUCAUGUGCUACCUGUUUCCAUUGCAGUGUGCAGAUCUGUGCAUAUUUUGGUAAAUUGUUAGCUGCUGCCUGACCUCAAGUUGGGCAGUCCAGUCUUUCUGCAUGGACUAAGUUAUUAAAAGGGAAGGUCAGACUCUAGUUGUUUAUGUGGAACACAUCUGUCUUGUAAACUUUUUUAAAAACAGAAAAGACUUUAUUAAACAAAUGAUGCCAGCUUGA